AUGAUCACGCUCGUGAUCGGACCAGCGCACGAGGCUGUGUCGAUCCAAGUCCAUCAAGAUAUUCUUACAAGAACUUCUGAAUUCUUCGCCCGAGCCCUGAAGCCUGAAUGGGCGGCCAUGCGGGAGAGGCCGGAUCAUAUUGAGCUACCCGCUUACACAGUAAAAGAUGUUGAAACCUACGCACACUGGUUGUACUCUGGAAAAGUACCAGCCAGGUGCUUCGAUCUCUAUCGAACCUUCGAAGAUGGCGAGGAAAACAAUCCAGUUUGGAUCGACCUUGCGACCGCAUACGUGUUUGGUGAGCAGAUACUAGACCGACAUUACCAGCAGACUGUUCUCAACACCAUGGCUGGUGUACAAAAUGAUAGUUAUGAUGACGAAGAUAAGCCACCGGACCAAAGAAUCAUCAAUACGCCAGAUUUUCCUUCUGAGGAGGCUAUAUGUGUUCUUUACCGUGGCACGCCCGAAAGUUCGCCCAUCAGAGCGUUAGUGGCGGACAUGUGUGCAUAUGCUACCCUUCAGGACGAGGAUCGAAAGCCAGACUUCAAUCGCUUGCCUCGCGAAGCAUUGGUGGACGUCCUGGAUGCAAUACCAAAGAUAAAUCUGAGACAGAAACUUUCGCGCCCAUGGGAAGAGUGGACGGAAGGUUAUUGGCCUAUGCUGACCGAAGUCUGA